UGACCUUACUCUCCUGAUGUCCUAAAUGUGCAAUUCUGUCCUCUCCACUAUUUGCUGAACUUUGGCCCCUGGAGGCAGGACAGUGAGCAGUGGGAGGUCAAGCCCCCAGCUGUGAUUCUGAGCAGCUUAAAGGGUUUGGACCCAAGCCCAGUCCGCCCUCAUCAGCUGUUAAUGCCUGGGGCUGUUUCCCUGCAGCCAGGACCCAUUGCACUGUGUGCUCUAAAGCCCCGCCUGCUCUUGGGGUUGCCCGCCCCUAUUCUGAUCCCCUUUGUGGGAGACUUGACUAAGCCGGCCCGGACUACAUCUCCCAGCGUGCCUGACAGAGUGGUGGCCUCUGUGCGUCGGCUGCACUGGUCGCCGGUAACAAUGCAGCGAGUAGUGAGCAUGGUGGCCCGCCUGGGCUUGCGUGGGCAGCCUCUCCCCUCGGUCCCGGGCCGUCCGCUCAGUGGCUCACAGGAUGUGCUCCGCAGGACACCCCUCUAUGACUUUCACCUGGCCCAUGGCGGGAAGAUGGUAGCAUUCGCAGGCUGGAGUCUGCCAGUGCAGUACCAGGACAGCCACGUUGACUCACACCUACGUACACGCAGGCACUGCUCGCUCUUUGAUGUGUCCCACAUGCUACAGACCAAGAUACACGGUUGUGACCGGGUGAAGCUGAUGGAAAGUCUAGUGGUUGGAGAUAUUGCAGAGCUAAGGCCAAACCAGGGGACCCUGUCGCUGUUUACCAAUGAAGCUGGAGGCAUCUUAGAUGACUUGAUUGUGACCAACACCUCUGAAGGGCACCUGUACGUGGUGUCCAAUGCUGGCUGCUGGGACAAGGACUUGGCUCUCAUGCAGGACAAAGUCAGGGAGCUUCAGAACAUGGGCAGUGAUGUGGGCCUGGAGGUGGUAGAUAAUGCCCUGCUAGCCCUGCAAGGCCCCACUGCGGCCCAGGUGCUACAGGAUGGCGUGGCAGAUGACCUGAGGAAACUGCCCUUCAUGACCAGUGCUGUGAUGGAGGUGUUUGGUGUGUCCGGCUGCCGCGUGACCCGCUGUGGCUACACAGGAGAGGACGGUGUGGAGAUCUCGGUGCCAGCAGCUGAGGCAGUCCGCCUGGCAAAAGCUCUGCUGGAAAACCCAGAGGUGAAGCUGGCAGGGCUGGCGGCCCGGGACAGCCUGCGCCUGGAGGCAGGCCUCUGCUUGUAUGGGAAUGACAUCGACGAACACACCACACCUGUGGAAGGCAGCCUCAGCUGGACAUUGGGGAAGCGCCGCCGAGCUGCCAUGGACUUUCCUGGAGCUGCAGUCAUCAUCCCCCAGCUGAAGGGCAAGGUGCAGCGGAGGCGUGUGGGGUUAAUGUGUGAGGGAGCUCCUAUGCGGGCACACAGCCCCAUCCUGAGUACAGAGGGCACCGUGAUUGGUACUGUGACCAGUGGCUGCCCCUCACCCUGCCUGAAGAAGAAUGUGGCGAUGGGUUAUGUGCCUUCUGAGUACAGUCGGCCCGGUACCCGGUUGCUGGUAGAAGUACGGCGGAAACAGCAAACAGCUGUGGUUAGCAAGAUGCCCUUUGUGCCCACAAACUACUACACUCUCAAGUGAGGAUGGCUUCAGACCAUACCCUCCCCUCUAGGAGCCUUGCCCUGGAGGGCAUUCUAUAAGGAGUUAGUCAGGAAGCUGAAGCAGAGGGUAGAUGGCUAGGGUGCAGGCUGGUUCUGGUUGUCUGGUUAAGGGGGCCACAUCAUCUAUACCCCCUUGUCCUUCAAUUUCAAUUCUCAGUGACGGACCAGCUCACCCAGUGUCCUGUUUCAGCCCUUGCUCCCACUGACCCCACUCUUGCCUGCUGGAGGGCUAUGAGAAGCACCAGUUCUGGUGUCUCUCCCUUCCACUCUGCCAGGUGCAGGUGCAGCAAAGUCUCCCCUUUAGGAUAAAGUCUGCCUAACCUACCUCACCACUGUUUCUCACACUGCAAAGGGUUAUUACGUUGGGCAGGGCUGGCCACCUCCUCCAGUUUACUUUCCAUGAAUGCAGACUGCUGCCUCUCCCUGGGCAGGAAUGAUUCCUGACUCACAGAGGGUUGGCCCAGGAGGGCUACUGUGCCGGUGUGUAAACGCGGGGAUGGCCGAGGGGGCAGACUCACUCUUCCACAUUCCCAAGUUGGCCCAGCUUGCUGCCUAGUACCAAACCAUGCCAGGCUCACCACCUGUUCUGAGCCCCAGGGCUGUUGUAGGGCAGGCUGGGCCUUCUCCUUGGACUCGCCUUACCCUGCGCUGACCUUUGCCCUUGCAUCCCAUUACCAGACUCCACUGACUCCUAAAAAACAUUAAACGAGCUUCCUUCUUG